UAGCGAGUACAGACCAGCGAAACGCUUUUUUUCUCCCCCAAGAAUUUAGCUCAGGUUUUAAAAGAAUUUGGCUGUUCACAAUGUAAAGAAACAUUUUUCAGCAUCAGCUCGUGGACAGGUAAGGACAUGUGUCUACGUUUAAACAGGGCUUGUCUGCUCUGUCGAACAUAGCUUGUCAAUACCUUCUUUCUGUUGCACAAUACGAACUGUAAACACCACGAGGAAAGCACCACAGACGAUACAGGAGACGUGCCGAUUAAAAAGAUAAAAAAUAUCGCAUCAAGGUUUUUUUUUUUUAAUCCAUCGUCUGUCUGGGAAAACCGUGAAAUAGAGAAAAAUAAAUUUCCGAGGGACAUUUAGCGAGAGAACCCGGAUCGGACGUGUAAUAUGGAAUAAUGGCAGAGGACUCUGGAUAGACGAAGCAGAUAAAAAGUAUUUAUUCUGGAUUCAGAGGGCCGAGCUUGUACCUAGAAUGAAGAUGGUGAUUCUGGAAAGUCGAGCGGUAUUGGGGUGCUCUGAGAAUGUGAGGUGCCAGAGUGGGCAAAGAGCGCCACAGUGACACCCUAAUAGCACCCACUGCAAAAUGAGCCAACUGAGCUUCCACAAUAACAGAGUUAUGCAGGAUCGACGGAGCGUCUGCGUGUUCCUACCCAAUGAUGACACGUUAAAUAUCAUCAUAAAUGUUAAAGCACUUUGCCAGGAGUUACUAGUCCAGGUGUGUGACCUGCUCCGGCUAAAAGAUUGUCAUCUCUUCGGGCUCAGCGUCAUACAGAACAAUGAACAUGUUUACAUGGAACCUUUGCAGAAAGUCUACAAAUACUGCCCCAAGGAGUGGAAGAAGGAGGCCAGCAAGGGUAUAGACCAGUUCGGUCCACCUAUGAUCAUACACUUCCGAGUGCAAUACUAUGUCGAAAAUGGGAGAUUAAUAAGCGAUAGAACCGCCCGAUACUUUUACUAUUGCCACCUACGGAAACAAGUCGUGCUGUCUGCGUGCACGCAGCGGGAGGAGGCUUACUUCCUCCUGGCGGCCUUCGCUCUACAAGCUGAUCUGGGGAACUACAAAAGGAAUAAACACUACGGCAAAUAUUUUGAGCCUGAGGCGUACUUUCCUCCGUGGGUCAUAAAGAAGCGAGGAAAGGACUAUAUCUUAAAGCACAUUCCUAACAUCCACCGGGAUCAAUUUGCUCUGACCGUAUCAGAAGCGCAUCUUAUGUAUAUAAAAGAGGCAGCGAGACUUGAGGACGUCGCCGUUCAUUAUUACCGACUGUACAAGGAUAAAAGAGAGAUAGAAGCUUCCUUGAUUCUUGGGUUAACGCUACGAGGAAUUCAGAUUUUUCAGCGUACAGGAGAAGAAAAACAGCUGCUUUUUGACUUUCCUUGGACAAAUGUAGGGAAGUUGAUAUUUGUGGGUAAAAAGUUUGAGAUCUUACCAGACGGCUUACCAUCAGCCAGGAAGUUAAUUUACUAUACCGGCUGCUCGUCGCGAUCUCGCCAUCUCCUUCAGCUCCUCAGCAAUAGCCACCGUCUCUUCAUGAACCUGCAGCCGGUACUGCGACAAGUCAGGACCCUGGAGGAAAACGAAGAGAAGAAGCAGUAUCGUGAGUCGUAUAUCAGUGACACGUUGGACCAGGAUAUGGACCAGCUGGAGAAAAGGUCCCGGGCAAGUGGCAGCAGUGCAGGCAGCGUCAAACACAAACGUCUCUCGAGGCAUUCCACAGCAAGUCACAGCAGUUCACACACUUCUGGGAUAGAGGCCGAUACCAAGCACCGGGACAUCGGACCAGAAGACAGCUUCUCUGGGUCGUCACUUCACUGGAAGCUGCAUACCUGUAGUUCAAUGACCAGCCAUAGCAGCUCCCACACCUCCGGGGCAGAGAGCGCCGGCAAGGAUAGGCUGGACGAUGAUUCACAGGAUGAUGAGAUAGAAAUGCUGGUUGACGACCCAAAGGACCUUGAUCUCCCUGUGGAUGUCAGCCCUGAACUGUGUAUCUACAUCACGGAGGACAUGCUUCUCUCCCAGCAGAUAAAUGGUCGUUCAGGGCUGGUUGUAAAAGAAAUAAACUCCUCGACUUCUAGCUCUUCGGAAACGGUUGUGAAACUUCGCGGACAAAGCAUCGAUUCUCUUCCACAGACUGCAAGCAGGAAACCAAAGACUUCCACGGACCGUCACAGUUUGAGUCUGGACGACAUCCGUUUGUAUCAAAAGGACUUCUUACAGAUAGCUGGCCUUUGUCAAGACACUGCCCAGAGCUACACGUUUGGUUGUGGUCAUGAUGUAGGUGACAGAGGACGUUAUUGUAAUGGCUGCCUGGCCCAACAAUGUGUCAACAUUCAGGAACCUAUUUCAGCCAAGAAAGCCAGCAAAUACUUCUCUCUGGACCUUCCUCACGAUGAUGUUCCUGAAUUUGUUGUAUAAGACUCAGACUCUAUAAUGUGCAGGCCUGGUUGCCUGCAGUAUCAAAAAAGAGGUCACCUCUUCUUACAAACAUUUGUCAAUGAAUUU